AUGCAGCUUUCCUCCCUCCUAAUCGGCACCCUCUUUGCCCUGGGUCUCCACGCCGCUCCCGUCGCAGACGAUGCCGGGCAGAGCGAAGUCGUUGAUGGAAAAAAGCUCUUCGAGCGAUCAGGCCAGUUAUGUCGAGUGCUUAGUGAACAUGUCAACUGUCGCUCUGGACCUGGCACAAACUACGAUAUCAAAGUUGGACUGUCUUCGUCUUGGACGCGCGGGUAUUACUUCACCUGUGUGAAGUCUGGGGAGUGUGUUACGUUGAAUGGUGCUGUUAACUGUGGCUGGGAUUACUUCGAAGAGGAUAGGUGCUAUGUCAACGGACACUAUACUGACAGUUCCUGCACUUUGGCCAAGCUUGGACGUUGUUAG